AUGGCGGACGUGACGUUGGUCCACCCUUACAUUGGUAGCUCUGCCGACCUGACCAAGUGGGGGGAGGUCAACCUCGACGCCCUCCAUGUUGCAGCGUCUGAGAAGAUUCGCAAACAUCGCGCUGCAUAUGCCAUGACUACUCCUCCUCGAGCGUUCAUCCCUCUUGCCAUCUCGACGGACGGUGCCCUGCAUCCUGACACCCUCCGCUUCAUCUGGUAUCUCGCGGACAUCAUUGCUCAGCGCUCAAUGCCUCUUGAGGAUGCGGCGUUUGGUCGGCACUUCGUGCCUGAUGACGGACCUGCUGCUGAGCGCUUGCGGGCGCAAGCACUUCUCGAGCCAGAGGACAGCUCCUCCUCGGACUUUGUCGAGUCGCCCGAGGAGUCUUCGCCGGAGGUCUCCGACUCCGAUGGGGGACACCCUUCGAGUGGCCCCGACGAUCGGCGCGGAGCUGGCGAGGCGUCUCCGUCCCUCACUGUGACGUCGGGUGCCUCCGGAGAGCUCGACACCACUGGGGUGCUUGCUGCUGGUCCGAGCUCGCCUGCUUCCUCCCCGGCAUCGGUCGGGUCACGCCGGUCCUUGGGCAUUGCCGCGGCGUCGCCGCCGUCACGGGCGGCUACCACUGACUUGGCUACCGCUGACUCGGAGGCUAGCGAGGAGGACUACCUCGAGCGGUACCGUGUUCAUGUGUCCAGCCUCCCUCCGUCCGCUGCCCCAGGCGGACCCCCGGGCAACGCCGGCUCCUUGUCGGCGGCUGCCCUUUCUCCGUCCGCGGCCGCCCGCUUUGUGGCGGCAGCGGACGUCUCGACUGACAGUGGUCAGUCGGCUGCCUCCGGGUAUCGCGUCUAA